CAUAUCACACGGAAGUGGAAUAUGUUCAAGACUCCAUUUCAAUGAAAAUGGCGAAUACAUCUCAUAUCCAAUUCGAAGGUUGGAGUCCUGACCAAGUAGCUGCCUGGCUCAGAGGUCUGGACGAGGCAGUUGGUCAGUAUGUCCAGCAUUUUCACAACAACGGCAUUGAUGGCAAGAAACUCUUGAUGAUCACCCACUCAGACCUCGAAAAACUCAGUGUCUCAAAACUAGGUCACCAGGAGCUGAUAUUGGAAGCUGUAGACCUUCUGAGAGCAAUGCGUUACGGCCACGACACCGAGAACCUGCAGCACUUGGCCCUCCAGCUGGGAUGCAAGGCUCGCAGCCUCCACAACAUGGUCCAGGCCAUCACUGGGGAGAACGACAAGAACCGUGCCAACGUCUCGCAUCACGACCGCCGCAAACAGCUCACCGUCGAGGUCCUGUCUGCUAUGGCCGACCUCCUGUCAACGCUCAAGUGUCUAGUGUCAUGGCUCGACAGAGCCCCGUUUGAAGGUAUCCAUGACAUGUGUUUGUUGAGGAACUCCAUCGUGAAGUUUGGGAUGGAGCUCGUCCAUGCUGCACAGCGAGACUCCAACCUGACAGAGACGGAGGAGUCCAUUAUGAGAUCGUGUCGGACGUUGUUUGAGAUCUGCGAUGACCUGGUGAUGAACUCCAAGGAGCCGCUGGUGGUGCAGCCUGCAUCACUAGAGGUCGCCACCAUCAGGAAGAAACAGCCGGAGGAGCUGGGUCUGCAUAUUUCCUCCUCAUAUUAUGGAAUUCAUGCUAUAAGCGGAAUAAAGGAAUUGAGUCCAGCUGACCUGUGCAGGAAGAUUGAGAAGGGCGAUGAGGUCAUCCAGGUCAACUACCAAACAGUGCUUGGCUGGCAGCUGAAGAAGCUGGUGGAGACGUUGAAAGAGAAACCAAAGGAGGUUGUGCUGUUGCUGAAGAAGAGGCCUCGUCAUAUCAGUCCGUUCGGGAAUCUGCCCAACCGGAAGAACAAACAGCAUGCUCAAGCAGCAACCUUGCCAAAGAUACUGAAGAAACGGCGGUCACGUGAAGGUGACGCCAAACAGACUCGGCCAUCACUGCAGGAGUUCACCUCCUCUGCACCGUCGGGGGACAUCUACGUCACUAAAGACGCCCCUGAGAACACAGAUGGCAAUGACACCGAUAAUGAUGUCUUCCGUAGCGGUUCCGAGUCCCCCCAGUUCACACUUCCUGUAGGUGUUGACCCCAAACAUCGCCGCGCCACAGUGAGUGGAGGGUCACCAACAUUAGAGCGACCCUCAUUGGUCAUACAAGACCUUGACCCUCCCACAAGGCCAAAGUCACAGUUUGUUAACUCUGCGGAGAAGGAGGCAGCAAUGGCUGCCCUGGCAGCCUCAGAGAACAGACUCGGCGUGGCCAAGAUCUGGGACGACAAGUCCAAGGAGAUGUCGGAACUCACAGCCAGCGAGAGUCAGCAGAGAAUUGAGAAAUUUGCAGCCAAAGUGAGUCAGAAUAUGACAGUAGAUUCGCCAUCGUCCACUACAGAGUCUCCACAAGCAUCAGUGUCUGAAGAUUCCCCCGAGACUGUUGAAACCCCAGACCAGAAGUCUGUAGAGGUUCGUCGCCAGGAGUUCCGGGUGACCAAACCCACCCCCCACGUUCUAGAGAACCCAUACAUGUCAGUUGAACGUCCAUACUCCCAGUCCAAGGAGGUCGUGUCAGAAGUAGCCACAGACAACAAUGCACGUGACCAACCCAAGCUCAUGAAGAUAAAACGUAUUGAUUCAUCUACCCGAUCAGAGGAAAUCAAAUUAAAGGAAGAACAAGGUUCACCGAAGGAGAAGAAACAUGUUGGUUUUGCCGCCGACUGUAAGGAGGAGAGUGAGGAGAGCGUGAGCUACACCACCAUAGUGGUGGGCGGCGUGGUGCAGAAGAUACCCGUGGACAAGAGUCAAGUCUUCGUAUCUGAUUCCCCGACUGUGAGAAGGAGAGCCAAAACUGGAACCAAGAGACUUGAUCGCCGUGUGUCAUGUAAGGACCUUGAAGGGGACUGUGAGGGUUGGCUGCUGAAGAGGAAGAUGUCUCGUGGAAUCCUCAACAAGAGCUGGGCCAAGAGAUGGUGCAUCCUCAAGACCUCCAACCUCUUCUACUACAAGGAGAAGGACGAUCUGAAGGCAGAAGGGGUGAUCCAUCUGCCAGCUUUCCAGGUUUCUCCAGCCACGGACAUCAAGACCAAGAAGAGUGCCUUCAAGAUCCACACCGGCACGACGUCCUACUUCGCAUCAGAGAGACAGGAUGACAUGAGCAAAUGGAUGAACAAAAUGGGCCUGGCAGCCAUCAACUUUGAUACUAGUCGGGUCAUCACCACAGGGGGCUUCAUCAAGCCCGAGCCGCGCUCACCCCACCCCAUGGGGGUACAGAAUAUCUACUACUCAGAGUCAGAGGACGAGGGAGAAGACGACGUGUCUGUCGGCAGUCAGAUGGGCAGUCAGAUAUCACUGGUCAGUCAGUCAUCCGCCUGCAGCAGCAACACCCUGUCGGGACCAGCAACACAGGAAGUAGGUGGCAGCACCUCCACUCUGGUGCCAACGGCUGAAUCCUCAGUACCUGUAGAGAAAAGACAGAAAGACUCCAGUGUGUCUUCGGAACCACCUUCAGGUAGCCCUGACGAUCUCACAGGUAUUUUACGCAACCUACAUGGACAAAACCUCACAAUAGAUGGCAUUGAUAGGGAACGACUACGUAGAAGUCACAUAACGUCGACCGACUUGCUGAAAUCGUCGCGAGGAGAGCUAAACAAACUUAGGAAACUCCAGUCACUGCAGAGGACAUUGAAGGCUAAGCAGCUGGAACUGUCUGAAAUCAACAAUUUCUUUGAGAAGACUCUGACACAUGAGUCGAUAAGUGAGUUCAAGGAACAAUACACUGGGUAGAGUGACCACCUCCUUUGGUGCAUUCAUGGACAAUUUGGAUCGUGUGAUUGUGCAUGAAUCAACAAACUUUAGACAGUGACACCACCACUGUUGCAACAUCUGUGGACAAGCAAGAUCAUGUGAUACAAACAUCCCCGAGCUGAAGAGCAGGCUCACAACUGGUAUCCUUUAAGAGAAACAUUUGCAGAUCCUGUCAUGGCUGUGCAGGUGUAGUGCCAGGAGUGCCAGCAAUAGAACUCUGUGUGCAGGGAUUUAUGAUACGAGAGCUGC